AUGACCUUUCUCGGCCUUCUGGGCUGCUUGGGGCGCCCCACGGCAGCACAGCCGCGUGCAUCGGCGCGAGCAGCUGCAGACGUGCCCCAUGACGAGCAGCCCGCAGUGACUGAUGUAGGGCACGCGGUGCGACCCAGAGAUGCGGGCGGCGCGUUCGACAGGCAGCGGUCGUACGAGAAGCACGUGGCCUUUCGCGCGCAUGGAGGCAACCCAUCUGCGGACGCGUUCGGCUCGCUCGUGGCGCUGCGGAUACCCAGCGGGGAGGAGGGCGGGCCCAUCGGUGGCGCGGGCAACAGCGGCAGCGCGCCGCACUCGCCGGCGUCGUUCACCUGCGGGGAGCUCGCAAACGAGGAUCUCGUGCAGCGCGCCGCGCUGCCGCAACACCCACGCGGCCUGCCUGUGGUCUCUAAAGAGUCCUUGAGGGCGGCCUUCCAGCGGACAUCGCGCGCCAUCGCGGUGGUUCGAGUGGCGGAGCAGCAAGUAGACCCCGGGCUGGACGCAGCCCAGCCCUGCGCGCCAAACGAGGGCCCCGCCAACGGCGCCGGCGGCGGGCCGGCGCAGUGGUCGGUCGCGGCGCGCCAGGUCCGGCGCACGAGCAGCUCCGCCACCGCCGCCGCCGCCGCUGCCGCUGCUGCCGCCGCCGGCGGCGGCUCCCCGCUGCGCGGCCGCCGCCGCAGCUCCGGCCACGGGCCGACGCGGCACAGCAGCGGCGGGCUGGGGGUCGGGGCGCUGUCUGCCCCAGGCUCGACCGUCGGCGGCACCGGCGCAGGCCCCAGUGGUGGCGUCUGCGCUGGCGCGGGUGCCUCCUUUAUCUCUUGGGUACCCGAGCACCACAUCGCACCUGCGGGGCAGCUGCCGCCGCCGCCCGCGACGGCCUCCACCGCCGCCUCCAGCCGCCGCGGCAGCCGCUCCGACGACGGCAACACGUUCGCGGUGCGCGCGGCGAGCUCGCACGCGCUGCUGCGGCACAGGAGCCUGCAGAACGUGUGGGAUGCUCUCGACAAGGAGGAGGCGGAGGCAGAGGCGGAGGCGACCGCGGCGGCGCUGGCGACGGCGGGCUCCGACGACGGGCCCGCGGGCGGCGGGCUGGCGGCUGUGCGGCUGCCCAGCCUGCAGCAGCACCCACCGGCGGCGGCCUCGGUGCCGGCAUCGGCGCCGCUCUCGCCGCUGCUGCCGCGCGCCCCGCCCGGCCCCCAGCCCGUCGGCGGCGGCACGCCGCCCCGCUCCCCGUGCGCCGUGAGCACGGCCGCCGCGGCCGCGGCGGCAGCCGGCGCCGGCGCGGGCGACGGCGGGCUGGGGCGGCGGUGCUCUGGCGGGUCUCGUAUUAUGGACGCGCCAGAGGGCGAACAGUUGGCGCGGCUGGAGCCGGUCUUCCUGAACGGGCCGCUCCAAGACAUGCUCAACAUUGAGACACUGGAGGACUACACCUCCAUCAUGGAGAGGCAGCUGCUGCGCAACCCCACGCUGGUGCUGCUGCUGGAGAACUCGGUCAGGCGCCUCCUUGCCGGCAGGGCGACCAGCGUGCGCCAGUUCCUGCCCUACUUCACGUCCACAUCAGCGCGCUCCGCCAGCGCGCAGUGCACCUUUGUCAGCCUCCAGAUUACGACAUGCGGCUUCCUGGAUGAAGAGGACGGCGCCAUCUCCCCUGCGCUGUUCCUGUGGUACAACGCCCCCAGCAGCCAGCUGGAGCUCACAGCGCAGCUCAAGCGCGACCACAUGGCCCUCGCACACAUACCCAGCAUGGUCACGGUCGUCGCGCAGGACGGCCGCGUGCUGCACCAGAACGGCGGCAGCGUCGCCUACAUGGGCUUUCUCAUGGGCGCCGUCGGCCGCGGCGCGAGCUGCGGCGGCGCCGCCGCCCCGCCCGCCGCGACCAUUGCCGACGGCGCCGGCGCGGGGGAGGCGCGCCACACGCUGCGGCGGCUGUUUGCGCGGGAGCCUGGGGCGCUGGAGGAACUCAUGGCUGUCACUGGGGAGGGCAGGACCUGGACGGGCGUGGUGCGCAUGGCCCCCCAGCUUGACCUGACAGAGGACGACCCAGGCCCCGCGGCGCAGCAGCGCGACCAGCUCGACCCCGCCCGCCACGAGCCGCGAAGCCGAGACGGCCCCCGCCCGCAGGGCGCGGCUCGUGAGUGGGACGUGGCAGAGGAGGAGCAGCAGCUGAGGUGCGGCGCAGGGACCCCGGGUGGCGGCGGCGCGCUCGCGUUCCUGCCGCCCUCCGGCCUGCAGCCGAUAAUGUCCGGCGCGAGCGACGGUGUGAGCGGCGUGUUUGCCUUUGGCGCCGACAGCGAGGGCGGCCUCGCAAGCCGGCCCAGCCAGGGCAGCCUCGCCAGCGGCCGCUGCUCGCCCUUCCAGCUGCUGUCAGGGGCGUUUGAUUCGGAGCCCGACUCGCCCCCGCGCGGCGCGCCGCCCAGCAGCCCCGGCGGCGCGGUCGCGGCGCCGCCGGGCGGUGGGGCCUGGGGCCUGCGGGCCGCGGGCGCGGCAGCGGCGCAGCUUGGCAAGGCGUUCGCGCGCGCAGAUGCGGGCGGCGGCGCUGCGGCAGCGGCGGCGGCGGGCCGGGGCUCCCUGUCUCCAGGCCGCGGCGCGGCGGCUGUGCAGUCGGGUGUGGGCGGCGGCAGUGGCAGGCCAUUCUCUUUCACGUGCCCCGGGGAUACCGACGACGACGCCCGCGGCGGCUCGGCGGCGCAACUGAAGCCCAUCUUCGACGCCGGCGCCCGCAUCUCGUUCUCAUCCUCAUCUCGCCAGCGCGCCAAGAGCGUCGGCGGCGCCGCCGCGGCGGCGCUGCUGCGCGGCAGCCGGGCAAUGCGCAUGAUGACGUCAUCGUCCUCGGUGGCGGCCGCCGGCCCCGCCGCGGGCGCGCCGCCGUCGCCGGCCGCUGCCGGGGCGGCCGCAUGGGGCGGGGGUCUGGGCAUGGCUGUGGCGUCGGACGAGGGCCGCGCGCCGCUGCCACGGCACGCGGCGGCGGGGGCAGGAGGGGCAGGCCGCAGGUUCAGCGCGCAGCCCACGGUACUAAACCCUGCUGGCAUCGACGGCCCUGCGGCGGCGCCCGGCUUCUCUGUGCGGCGCCCCAGCGCAGGUGCUGCGGCCACGCUCCCGGCCGCGCUCGGCGCGCCCGCGCAGCUGCCGCCGCCACUCGGCACAGGCGCGCCCUGGCCGCCGCCGCCCGGCGCGCCGCGCGCCGCGGCCGCCGCCGCGCAGCAUGUGGGCGGUGCGGGUGGCGCACGGCGGCCGUCGGGGCCGCUCACCCUAUCGCGGCUGCUGAGUAUGCGGCGCGGGAGCUUGCUGUACCACAUUGAUGCUCCCCUGGGGCCGGUGGCGUCCCUCCUGAGAGACCCCGAGUGCUGGCACGAGGUGCAGGCGUCCCGCUUCCAGGACCCGGUGACAGGGGAGGAGGUGAUCAUGCUCAUCCAGACAGAUGUCACCGGCCGCGUGGUCGCGGAGCGCGCGCUGCGCCAGGUGCUGGAUGCAGAGCACAAGCUGCUGGAGGACAUAUUCCCGCGACAGACUUACACGUGCGUGUGA